GACACAUGCAGUGUGUGGUUUUGUUUUGUUUGGUGGUGUUGCGAGCGUUGCGAGCACAUGUUUUUCCAUCAGCCAUUCAGUUCAGAUAAUUGAAAAGGUAUCGAAAAUUUUGCGGAAUUUAUCAAAUUUACGUCCUCAACUGUGCUGAAAUUUAUCUCCGUUCACAAUGGGUAAAAAAGGAAAAGUAGGAAAGGAUCGGAAGGAUAAGUUCUACAAAUUAGCUAAGGAAACCGGGUACCGUUCCCGUGCCGCAUUCAAACUUAUCCAGCUGAAUCGUCGUUUCGGAUUUCUUCAACAAUCGCAGGUUUGCAUCGAUCUUUGCGCAGCGCCAGGAGGAUGGAUGCAAGUGGCAAAGCAGAACAUGCCCGUAUCCAGCGUCGUAGUCGGAAUCGAUUUGUUUCCUAUCAAGAAUGUUCCUGGUUGUAUCAGUUUGGUCGGGGAUAUUACGAGUGACAAGACGAAAUCGGACUUGGCCAAAGAAUUAAAAACGUGGAAGGCCGAUGUGGUGCUGAAUGACGGUGCACCAAAUGUGGGUCGAAACUGGCUGUUCGAUGCUUACCAGCAGGUUUGUUUGACGCUAAGCGCAGUAAAGUUGGCGACUCAGUUUCUGCGACCCGGUGGAUGGUUUGUGACGAAGGUUUUCCGUUCGAAAGACUAUAAUGCCCUCAUCUGGGUACUGAAGCAGCUAUUCAAGAAAGUUCACGCCACUAAACCAUCGGCAUCAAGAAACGAAUCUGCGGAAAUUUUUGUCGUUUGUCAGCAUUAUCGGGCGCCAGACAAAAUUGAUCCACGUUUUCUGGAUGCAAAAUAUGUGUUUGAAGAGUUGGAUGUGGAACCUCAAGUUAAGGUAAAUUUACUAAAGGAGGUGGAGAAGACUAAAAAGCCCAAGGUUGAAGGAUAUGAUGGAACGGAUGUUCGAAAAAUUAUUACUAUUACGGAAUUCCUAAAGGAUGAUAAACCUCUGGCUUUGUUGGGACGAAUAACUGAGAUUCAAUUCAAUGAUAAGGCUAUUUCGAAUCAUCCUCGAACAACAGCGGAAAUCAAAGAAUGCUGUAAAGAUAUCAAAGUAUUGGGAAGGAAAGAUUUACGGGAUUUACUUAAAUGGCACAAGAUGAUGAGCAGCGAACUAUUUCCAAAUGAAAACAAAUCCGAGGAAGUGAAGGGAAAAGGCAAGAAAAUAAAUACAUUGAAUGGGCAUCCCGACAAGGAGCAAGAAGACGAAGAUAAUGAGGAAACUGUGGAGCUGAAGUCUAUGGAAAAGGAAAUCGCCGAAUUAAGGAAAGAAGAGGAACAAGAUGCCAAGCGAAAACGAAAGAAGGCUAAUAAGGAGCGAGCCAAAUUGAACGAGAAGCUGAGCUUGAAAAUGGUUAUCAAAGGUGAUCAGGGCCCAACUGAGCAAGAAGAUGCAAUGAUGUUCAGUUUGAAUGUGGUACGUAGUAAAAAGCAAAUGGAUGAUUUGUUGGAUGCUGAUCCAGAUGUCCUGAUGGAGCAAGAUUAUCAUGAUGACGAUGAUGGUUUGCCCAAGAAGAAGCAGAAAUACGUCAAGUACGACAAAGAAACGAAGGGCGAUCUGUUCGAGGAUGAUAAAAUACUGGCCCAGAAAGCGGAUGAAGACAGUGAUGCGGGCUUAGAUCGGGAAGGACUUGGCUUGGACGAUACAGAUGAGCUUCAAUUCGAAAAAGAUGGUGAAGCCGAGGAAGACGUUGAUAGUGAUAAUCCUGAUGCACAAAAUCCGUUAAUAACAGAUUUGGAUUACCGGGAUAAAGACGAAAAACGUCGUCAGAAGGCUCAGCUUUGGUUCGAAAAGGAUACAUUUAAAAACGUGCUAUCUGGUGAGGAUCAAGCCGUUGAUUACGAUCUAGAUCGGCUGACCGAGAUGUACAGAAAAUCAGGUGCUAAAAUAGUCGGAGAUGACGAUAAAGAUCGACCUCUAGGCAAGAAAGCUCGACAGAGAGCAAAACACGAUGUCGCCAAGGAAGAUUCAUCUUCGGACGAUUCGGAUUCGGAAGCGGAGGAAGAAAAUGAACAAAGUUAUGAGCAUAAAACUGUGGAGAAAGUUGGAGGAAAGGACGGGUUUGAAGUUGUUUCCACAGAAAAACGUGAGAAGAAAGUCAAAUUGAACGAACAGGAACUGGCCCUCGGACAGCUGUUAGUCAGUGGCAAGAAGACUCGUCGAGAUUUGAUCGAUGCCGCGUGGAAUCGAUACAUGUUCAACGACAGUAAUCUACCCGAUUGGUUCGUAAAGGACGAGGAGAAAACUAUGAAGAAGCAAGCUCCAGUUCCGCACGAAGUUGCUGAAACUUAUAAGAAAAACUUGGAAGAAAUGAACGUUCGCUCCAUCAAGAAGGUAAUGGAAGCGAAGGCUCGCAAGAAGAAGCAUGCUACCAAACGACUGGAGAAGAUCAAGAAGAAAGCCGAAACCAUCAUGGAAAACGUCGAUAAUACGAAUCAGGAGAAGAUCCGGCUGUUGAAGAAGCUGUAUAAGAAAACUGAUGCCAAGAAGAAGGACAUUACUUACGUGGUUGCCAAGAAGUCCGGAACUAGCGGCAAAAAGGUUCGCCGACCGAAGGGUGUCGAGGGUCGAUUCAAGGUGGUUGAUCCGCGUAUGAAGAAGGAUAGGCGAGGAAUGGACGCCAAGGAGCGACGUUCGGUCAAGAAGGGUGGAAAGAAGGGCGGAAAAGCUAAGACGGGAAAAGCCGGAAAAGGCAAGAAAAAGUAAAGUAGUGCGACACGUGCCACAUGGUAAGUCUACGUUUAUUAGUCCUUGUUGAAGUAUUGGUUUUUACUUCUGAUAAGGUUUGUUAGGAUUUAAAAGAACAUUUAGAAUAAAUAUCUAUAAUAUUGAAA